AUGAUGCUGCAGCGUGCAUGUCGCCCCAAUGCGGGGACUGCCCUCCAGUUCCACGUCUCCGCGCGCACCGCCCGCGCCUCGGCUCCGCGCUGGACGCGUCCGUACUCAAGCGCCGGCCCAUCACGCUCAUCCCGCCUGCCCACGUACGGUAUCUGGGCGGCCAGCGUUGCCGCCGGCUGGUUCAUCGCGGACGCGGUGCGCGAUCGCAAGACACCCAGCACCGCUUCAAGCUUGAAGCCUGGCACCAUUCCCAGCCUGGGAUCCGGUCCCGUUGACCUCGAUGCCCUGGCCAAGACGCCGGUUGAUGGGGGCAGUUUUGCAACUGCGGACGCGAAGCUUCGCGAGGAUGUCUUUGUGGGAUCCUUCACUGCUGAGGGCAAGAAUACCCAUGUGCAUGCCGCGAGAGUCGCGAGUAACCACCCCGUCGAGGAUGUCAUGGCAUUCUCCCUCGCCCCGGGCGUCGGAAGCUCAGAGACCUUGUUCAACGGUGUCUACGAUGGCCACGCCGGAUGGGCAACCUCGCUGCUGCUCAAAAGCGCCCUCAUCCCCGCCGUAUCAUCCUCCAUCGCCCAGCUCAACCGCGGCGUGGAAGACGCGUCAAUCGAAACAGCCAUAGUCAAAGCCUUCACCAACCUAGACGACCUCAUCGCGUCCAACGCCCAAAAGGCCAUAGCCGGCCUCAAAGCCGGCGCCGUCGAGCCCGCCGACUCUGGCGUCAUCGCCGCCCUCGCCCCCGCCAUCGCCGGCUCCUGCGCCCUCCUCUCCAUCUUCGACCCAGCCACCUCGACCCUCCGCGUCGCCUGCACCGGCGACUCCCGCGCCGUCCUGGGCUCCCUCGCCCCCGGCGCGACCUCCUACUCGACCCGCGCCCUCUCCAAGGACCAGACGGGCCACAACAAGGACGAGUUCGACCGCAUCGCCAAGGAGCACCCGGGCGAGGAGGCGGACAUGAUCGACACCAAGAGCGGCCGCCUCUUUGGCAUCGCCGUGACCCGCGCCUUUGGCGACCACCGCUGGAAGUGGACCAAGGACGCCAUCAAACAAGCCCAAAACGACUUCUUCGGCACGGGCCCGCGGCCCAAAUAUCUCACACCGCCCUACAUGACCGCCGCGCCCGUCGUGACCACAGUCACCGAGAUCAAGGGCCCCGACUUUGUCAUCCUCGCCUCCGACGGCCUGUGGGACCACAUCUCGUCCGAGAACGCCGUCGAGUGCGUGUCCCGCUGGAUCUCGGCCAAGAAGGCCGGCGAAAAGACCAAGACCCCGGCCGACAAGCUCGCCGCGACGCCGGGCGUCAAGAGCGAGUUUGACAUGUCCGCGGGCUGGCCAAACUGGUCCGCGAAACCGGAGCAUUUCAUCGUCGAAGACCUCGACAACGCGGCCGUGCAUCUGAUCAAGAACGCGCUGGGCGGCACGCGCAGGUCCCUCUUCACUGGCGUCACGCUCGCGUACCCGCCGCUGGCGAGGAACGUCAGGGACGACGUCACGGUGCAGGUCAUCUUCUUCCAGGACCCGGCCAAGUCGACCUGA